AUGAACCAUAUGAGCAUACAUCGCAAUGAGAACGCCCCAAAAGCAGUGCCGGCCGAGAUAAUGCAGAUGAUCGGCUCAAGCUCGCUUGUUCUCCGACUUCUAGACAGCCUCCGCAAGCUCCUAACGAUACGGAAGCGUAUUGCGGAGAUUCUUAGCGAUCUUGACGAAGAUCAUUCAGAUGAAGAGUUGUUAAAGAGAAAGAUCAACGCCAUCAAUGCUUUGGGUUGCAUAUGCAUUCGUAUGCAAGCUAUGCAGACUGCUGCCGAACCGCGUGAGGCAGCCUCGACCGAAGACACCAGCUCCUCCUCAGUCUUUUCAAAUGCUCGCACCCUUCUCGCCGACCUAAGUCACAUCGAGUCAAGUGACUUUACAGCAUCUCACGCCGAAAAUUGA